AGUUCAGCAAGUAACAUUAAGUAGUAACCAAAUAUUGCUCGUUUCAUUAUCCAUGGCUGGUGCAGAACCAGAAUUCAAGGCCACUAUGCUUCUCCUCAGCCUGCUUUUAGUUGCAACCCUUGAUUUUACAGGGGCUCAAACAGGAGUUUGUUAUGGAAGGCUUGGAAGUAAUCUUCCAUCUCCAGCAGAUGUUGUCGCCCUGUGCAACCAAAGAAACAUCAAAAGAAUGCGAAUCUAUGAUCCUCAUCAACCCACCCUUCAAGCCCUUGGAGGUUCAAACAUUGAAGUCAUGCUUGGGGUUCCCAACACCGAUCUACAGAAUGUUGCUGCAAGCCAAGCUAAUGCAAAUAAUUGGGUUCAAAACAAUGUCAGGAAGUAUCCCAACGUCAAAUUCAGGUACAUUGCAGUUGGAAAUGAAGUCAGCCCACUAACAGGGACGGCUCAGUACACAAACUUUCUUCUCCCUGCCAUCAGAAACAUCUUCAACGCAAUUUCUGCAGCGGGGCUCAGAAACCAGAUCAAAGUUUCCACUGCUAUUGAAACUGGACUAGUUGCAAAUGGUUAUCCUCCAUCAGCUGGCACUUUCCAACCUCAAGCUCAAAAUUUUAUCAAGCCCAUCGUUCAGUUCUUAGCUGGCAACGGUGCCCCAUUACUCGUUAAUGUAUAUCCAUACUUUUCCUACACAGGCAAUCCCAAGAGCAUAGCUCUUGAAUAUGCUCUUUUUACAUCUUCGGGCAUCACCACACCAGAUGGUGUAAAGUAUCAAAAUCUUUUUGAUGCUCUCGUGGAUGCAACAUACUCGGCGCUCGAAAAGGCUGGAGGCUCAUCAGUCCAAAUUGUUGUAUCGGAGACUGGUUGGCCAUCAGCUGGAGGACAAGCGACAUCAAUAGACAAUGCCAGGACUUACAACAAUAACCUGAUCAAGCAUGUCAAUGGGAAUUCUGGAACCCCAAAAAGGCCUGGAAGGGCUAUUGAGACUUACAUUUUUGAUUUGUUUGAUGAAGAUCAAAAGAGUCCAGAAUAUGAGAAGCAUUUUGGGCUCUUUCUUCCAAAUAGGCAGCCAAAGUACCCAAUCAGUUUCUAACUAGAUUGAGGAAUCAACCGUAUAACAGGAACAAGGACAGAUAGACUCCAUCUGUUGUCUCUCCUGCUUGUAUGAAUUGUCAUCUCAAAUAAGGGUUGCUCUAAUAAUUUCUAGCCUUGGCAAUGUAUGUGUGAAAUAAACACAAAUGUUUUGCUGCUGGAGCAAUUAA